CCACCUGAGCUUUAUGAAGAAGGAUGAACCUGCCUCUUUUAUCGGCUAAAAGGUCACAGCCUCACUGGCUGCCUUCUUUGCUUGGCCUUCCAUUUGUCCAAAAGUCUACUGCUUUGUCUGCCUGCAGUUUCGUUCCAGCUACAUCAACCAUUGAAUCUUUGUCCUUUAAUUCUUUCUUCUUAAUUCAUUACCCUUAAUGUAAAUUUUGUUGUUUGUUUACUUAGAACAGAGAAAUCCUUCAUUUUGUUGGAAAAACCUUCCAUUUCAAUGGCUUCUUUGCAUAAUCUUCAAUCCCUAUCAUCUCAACAUUCAACUUCCUUUAUUACCCACCUACAAAAACCCAAUCUUUUUCACAAUUACAACAAAUUUUCAAUCAAUUUCAAGUUUGUAGUAUGUUCUAAAUCAUCACCCUUCACUGAAAAGCAUUCAGUCGAAAGAUACCAAAGGGAAAACUGGGUUUAUCCUGUUACUUCCCAUACACAAUCCCCAUCAUCUGAUGAAACCUUAUCUCCAUCAUCCUCCUCUGAGAGUAAGCGAGAAAAUGACAUUGCUUUGCAGCUUCCAGAAUUGAAGAAAUUACUUGAAGUUUUGAAAGAAAAAAGGGAAAAUCAAUCAAAAGAUUGUUGCUUUGAAACACUUGAUGGAAUUGGGAAUGUGUUUUUGGUGGGUACUGGGCCUGGGGAUCCUGAUCUUUUGACUUUAAAAGCUUUGAAAAUCAUUCAAUCUGCUGAUCUUUUGUUGUAUGACCGCCUUGUUUCCAAUGAUGUUUUGGAUUUGGUGGGUCCCAAUGCAAGGCUUCUGUAUGUUGGUAAGACUGCUGGGUACCAUAGUAGAACUCAGGAAGAAAUACAUGAGCUUUUGUUGAGUUUUGCUGAAGCUGGUGCUAAUGUUGUUAGACUUAAAGGAGGAGAUCCUCUUAUUUUCGGACGGGGUGGUGAAGAGAUGGAUUUCUUGCAGCAAAAAGGGAUUCAUGUCAAAGUUGUUCCAGGCAUAACUGCUGCUUCAGGUAUAUCUGCAGAGCUUGGAAUACCAUUAACUCAUCGAGGCAUCGCUACCAGUGUUAGGUAUCUCACAGGACACUCAAGGAAUGGGGGAACAGAUCCAUUGUAUGUCGCAGAAAAUGCUGCGGAUCCUGAUUGUACCCUUGUCGUAUAUAUGGGUUUGGCGACACUUCCUUCUCUUGCCCAGAAAUUGAUGCAACAUGGCCUGCCGACCAAUACUCCUGCUGUGGCUGUGGAAAGAGGGACAACUGCUCAACAGCGCACGGUAUUUGCGAAGCUCGAGGAUUUGGCUGAUAAAAUCAAAUUUACCGGACUGGUAUCCCCCACGCUGAUCAUCAUUGGAAAGGUUGUUGCACUGUCGCCAUUAUGGGUGCAUUCUUGUGAGGAAUCGGUUGAGCUUGCCGAGACAAAGUAGAAACAAUCAAACAUUAUUGUAGUGUUGAAAUAGAGGAUCAAGUACACUCCAGUUUUCGAUUAGCCGGUGACGCCUUUGACGAAAAAAUCAGAUGCACCGUUAAGUGAAUACUCGUCAUUGAUGCUGGUAGUUGCACGCUAGAAAUGUUCAAUAGACGGGUCAGGGACCGGCUGACAGCUAGUACCUCGACUUGAAGCUCGACGACUUUUGCUUGGCCUGAUUCGAAAGCUAAUCGAUUGGCUGACAUAGUACUUCUUGGUAGUUGAUAGGCGUAUGUGAAUGCUCGAGAAAGUUAUUGUGUUUUUAUCGAUUUUAAUUUUAUUUAUUGAGAAUAUGGUGGGUUUGAAGAAAAAAUCCAUCAAAAUCUAGCGACUGUAAGGUGACAAUUCGGUGUUUGGUUUAAUGAAAAAUAAUAAAAUGUUUUUAAUAAAAAUGAAAAUUUAAUUGGCUUCUAUCAAUUUUUUUUUUU